AGCCAAGUGAAUGAAAGUCGUUAGAUUUUGAACUCGCUUCAGUUUAGGCAUUGUACCUUUUUUUUGUUUUUCUUUUAGACUCCAACAACCAACUCCAACCUUGAUUUCUUGUGUAAUUAUAAUCUCAUCCACAUCCACCCCACGAAGCCUAAAGCCCCCUUAAAAAACACGAACAACAAAAACCCUGAUCCUUAAACUUCACGUCAUCAAAAUCGCCAUCGUCAUCGUCAUCAAAGUCCGUGGUCCUAUGUACGGUAUAAGUUGUAUAAGUUGUAACAUUCUCCGUGGUCCUUGUUUUGUGUCGGUGUGGGUUUAUUAGCAAUCAUGCGCUUAGGUCUGGUCAAAUUUCUUCGGCUGUGCUGCUGGUUUCUUAACUCUCGGUCUUAGGCCACGAAAACAAGAAAAAGCGAAAGGAAAGGAAAGUCUUUCACUUUCACAACUCACAGCGUGAUUCCGUCAAAAACCUUAGCACUCAUACUAUCACAGUCCUGCUACACCAAUUCGAUCAUAAUGUGUGUGUUAGUUUUAUUAGACUUUCCCUCCAAACGAACUUAAGCCUCGGACUUGAGGGAUAUCUUUCAAUCGUUCAGAGGGUUUUAAGCAAGCCGGUUGGAUUUAGUUUUCGAACUCACUGUACUCCGUACUCUGUACACUGUAUACGCUCUAUAUAGUAUAUAUAUACAUCUGAAUUAAACUUAGUAACUUUAGCUAAUUUAAUUGUUGUUGUUGUUUCGUCUAUUGUUAUUGUUCGUGCCUUAAAGUAGAAAAAAAAACAUUUAAUGUGAAGCACACCACAGCGCCUUUAUACUGCUCAGAGUCUUGAAGUUGUUGAUGGUGCCGCUCAAACGACCAACUCAUAAAUUCGAAAAUCAUAUACAGCACAUUCAUAGCUUUUAUCGGGAACUCUAGAUCUAGUGUUUAGGGAUGAAGUAAAUGCAAGAAAUAUUAAGUGCCUUAUAACAGUAAUUUUACAGGAAAUAUUGUUGAAUUAAGGGAUUCUCUGUUCUUCAAAAGGGCAAGGACUAAAAUAUCCUCCUUUUCUUUUAUUAUUAUUUUUGUUGGUUAACCUAUUUUUAGUAAGUAACUGGAAGUGGAACAUUUAAUGAGACCCUUUUCCUUGGUUUGGAAAUAUUUCCCCAGAAGAAUAUCCUUAUACGUUGCAAGGAAAAAGAAGAUAAACAAUUACAAAUAUUCUAAUUUGUGUUUUAAAAAGAGUGUGUGAAAGUUUUGUGGGAAGAAAACUUUGCGAUUGUGAAAAGAUUUACAAAAGAAAAAACCGAAAAGACUAAAGAAAUUUCAAAAUGCAGCCACUUAAACGCUAUACCCAGUGCGGAAGUUUGACAAUGUUAUUUGUUGUUUUUAUUGUUCUGUUUGGAGUAAGUUCGACGGCGUUGACAACUUUUGGCAAAACAAACUCAAAUUCACAACCUGCUACACCUGGACCAAUUGUUAAAGGACGUGAAUGUUCCAGCCAUGAUGAUUGUGUGUCAAUAGAUAAAUCAAGUUGUGUAAAGGAUCUAAAUGACUAUAAGCUGCGCUGUCUUUGUGGUGACGAUUCAGCACCGCAAAAUGGACUUUGUCCAAACGUACCAAAAGGGCUACGUCACAAAUGCUCUAGUACCAAUGAUUGCGAACCAAACAUGAUAUGUACCAUGGAGAAUGCAAAUAGGACAAUAGGCGUGGCAAAGUUCAUGUCAUCAAAAGUCAAGCUGUGCCUCUGCGACAACGAAAGUGGCUACGUUGAAAAUGCUCUAGACAGUAUAUGCAAUGGAGGUGCUCUACAAGCAAUUUCCAAUAUCCUGGUAUCAAUUGGAUCUAUAGCUGUGGGCGUUAGUGUUUACUCAAGUUUAAGGUUUUAUGAAUAUUUUUAAGAAAAACUUAUAUUAUGCAAAAUUUAAAAAAUUCUACUUUUAUAUUGUUUUGUUUUUAUGAUUUAGAUGAUACAUUUUUGCUCAAUUUUUAAAAAUGAUAUUAUUUUACUUGUGAAAAUUAUAAAAUUAUUAUUAUUACCGCGCAUCGAGCUAUAAAUAAAAAAAAAUAAAUUUUAAAUUAAUGGAAUUGUUAAAUGCAUUUGUAGGAAAUUUUGUUAUGAUUGUAAAGGUAUAUGUACGUAAAUGUUUAUGUAUGUUUAUUAAAUAAGUCGGAAAUUCAAAAAGAAUAAGAAAUCAAAAAUAUUAAAUCACUUUCAAUUGCAAAAAUAAUAAAAGUCACAUGGAUUUCUACAUAAAUUUAAAAUAACACAAUUUAUUAAAAAAAUAAAAAGAAAACAUUGCACCACGUAAAAAAACGUAACAUUUUUGUUUAAAAUUUUUGUCAAAAACAAAAAUGUACUUUAGUUUUAAUGGUUUUAAUAAAGUGGUUAUUUUUUAGAACUAA